AUGCCCGUUCAAGAAUUACAUGGAAUUCGUUCAAAUUCAUUAAGAUCAAUACUUCCACCCCCUAAACAACCAAAAAAAGUUUUUUGGCUUUGGAAACAUAAUUUUCGUUUUUUUCUUUUAUUAAUUGGAUUUUUGUUGAGUACUUCAUUAUCUAUAAAUACAAAUUUAUUUAAUUUUACAUUAAUUUGUAUGGAAGAAGAAGAAACAAAAAAUAUUUUAACUAAAAAUCAACAAAAUUAUUUAAUGUGGGGAAUGGGCUUAGGGAAUUUAUUGGCGGCUUUUCCUUUUAUUUUUCUUUAUUCAAAAUUUGGUCCUCGUUAUGUUUUUUUCUUUGCUUCAAUAAUUUCUGCAAUAAUUACUGGAUUAACACCUUUGGCUAAAAUAUAUGGAUUUUGGGUGUUUUUGGGUGUGAGAAUUAUUCAAGGAAUAACUUUUGCAGCGGAUUUUGCAGCUUUGGGUAUUUUAUGUACACAAUGGGCACCUUUAAAUGAACAUGGACUUUUUCUUUCAUUAGCUUCAAGUUUCUCUCCAUUUUCAAUUUCUAUCGCAAAUUUUCUUUCCGGAAUUGUUUGAAU